CAAUAAAAGGCCAACAAAAAUACUCGCCUCUUCGCCACAAAGAAAUUUCUCUCAUUCUUCUUCUUCGCUCAGCUCCUAGAAGAAAGGGCGAAGAAUCUCGCUCCUUGAAUUUCGCUUUGCCAUCGAUUCCUUGUGAGGUCAAAAUGGUUGAUCAGACUCAGCACCCCACGAUUCUGCAGAAGGCUUCUGGCCAAUUCUUGCGUUCGAGUGUUUCUCAGGACCUUGUUGGUUAUUCGUCGGCUUUCCAGAGGCCCGCUACAUACCAAAGGCAUGCAACAUACGGAAACUACUCCAAUGCUGCGUUUCAGUAUCCUCUUGCAGCUGCAUCCAGGAUUGCAACACCUGCUUCCCCUGUGUUUGUCCAAGCUCCAGGAGAGAAAGGUUUCUCUAGCUUUGCUAUUGAUUUCCUGAUGGGUGGUGUUUCCGCUGCUGUGUCAAAGACUGCUGCUGCUCCCAUUGAGCGUGUCAAGCUCUUGAUUCAAAACCAGGAUGAGAUGCUCAAGGCUGGUAGGCUCUCUGAGCCCUACAAGGGUAUCGGUGACUGUUUCGGCAGGACAGUUAAGGAUGAGGGAUUUGGUUCUUUGUGGAGAGGAAACACAGCUAAUGUCAUCCGUUAUUUCCCCACUCAGGCAUUGAACUUUGCAUUCAAAGAUUACUUCAAGAGGCUUUUCAACUUCAAGAAAGACAGGGAUGGAUACUGGAAGUGGUUUGCCGGUAACUUGGCAUCUGGAGGUGCUGCUGGUGCCUCAUCCCUUCUCUUUGUGUACUCUCUUGACUACGCACGUACCCGUCUUGCCAAUGACUCUAAGGCCGCCAAGAAGGGAGGUGAAAGGCAGUUCAAUGGUCUUGUUGAUGUCUACAAGAAGACCCUCAAGUCGGAUGGUAUUGCUGGACUUUACCGUGGAUUCAACAUCUCUUGUGUUGGUAUCAUUGUCUACCGUGGUCUCUACUUCGGACUGUACGACUCUUUGAAGCCACUUCUCCCUGGUGACAUGCAGGACAGCUUCUUCGCUAGUUUUGCCCUUGGAUGGCUCAUCACCAAUGGUGCAGGUCUUGCAUCCUACCCGAUUGACACAGUCCGUAGAAGAAUGAUGAUGACGUCUGGUGAAGCCGUCAAGUACAAGAGUUCGAUGGAUGCCUUCCAACAGAUCCUGAAGAAGGAAGGAGCCAAGUCUCUGUUCAAGGGUGCUGGUGCCAACAUCCUCCGUGCCAUUGCAGGUGCUGGUGUGCUUUCUGGUUACGAUAAGCUGCAGUUACUUCUUCUCGGAAAGAAGUACGGAUCUGGAGGUGCCUAAGUACUAAUCCGCCACUCACCACCAUAAAGCCUUCGGCUUUUUUUUUCUUUUUCUUGAUUUAUUGCUGUUUCAGACUUAUUAAAAAAUCAAAGAUGUUGAUGAAAUCUUUUGCUAUAAAACUAGAGAGGAGCAAGGGGGAGUUUUUUCUUAUUGAAAUAAAUUUUGUAUGGGAAGGAGAUUUUCUCCUUCGAACCAAUUUUCGAUUUUUUUUUUUGUUUUAAUAUGAUGAGGAUCUUUUUCUGAGUUAA